AGGUUAUGGUCAACGGGUGAUAUUAGGAUGUAAUUUUCAUAAAAUGGCGACGAAUGGAACAGGAAAACCGAAGAUGAAGGUGUCCUUCAUCAUCCGUGAUGAAAAUGAGCAUCGACAUCGAGCCGCAGUUUCGGCUCUGCAGUAUGACGCUGCGACGGGACGUCUAUUUUCUGCAGGAAAUGACACAAUAAUACGAAUAUGGAAAGUCCCAUCAGCUGGAACAAAGGAGGCUUGGCCUUCAUCGAGGAAUGGAACUAGCUCUCUAUCAGCUAGUCCUCCACAACAUGCCACCUUCAUCCAGGCCAUGGAACAUCAUACAGACUGGAUCAAUGAUAUGAUAUUGUGCUGUAAUGGACGGUUUCUACUUUCUGCUUCGAAUGAUACCACUGUAAAAGUAUGGAAUGCUACCAAGCACUUUUGCAUGUCAACAUUGCGAACUCAUAAGGACUAUGUAAGCUGCUUGGCUUAUGCAAAAGAGCAUGAGCGAGCUGCUAGCGCUGGAUACGACCAGUCGGUCUACCUAUGGGACAUUGCAACCUUGACUAAGUUGACAACGACAAAUAACACAGUAACAACUUCUUCGCUCAUGGGCUGUAAGAACAGCAUCUACGCUUUAGCCAUGAAUGAUGCGGGUACGGUAAUAAUCUCAGGAAGCACAGAAAAGGUACUCCGAAUUUGGGAUCCCAGAACUUGUCAGAAGAUAAUGAAGUUGAGGGGUCAUACUGAAAAUAUUCGAUCUAUCGUAAUCAGCCCUGACGGAACUAAAUGCUUGUCUGCAAGUGCUGAUGCUACCGUGCGAUUGUGGGAUCUUGGACAGCAGCGAUGUAUUGCCACUUGUCUAGCACAUCAAGAAGGUGUAUGGACUUUACAAACAGACCGAGCAUUCUCAUUUGUGUACAGUGCUGGUAGGGAUAGGCGAGUUUUCCGUACACCCAUAUGUGAUUUUGCUCAAAGCCAACUGCUAUUCGAGGAAGACGCUUUUGUAAAGAGGCUUCUAUUGGAUGAUCACGAUCAUCCAUCGACCGUGUGGUCUGCAACAUGGAAUUCUACCAUAAAGAGAUGGCCUUUACCAUCAAACACUUCGCUGUCGAUUGGUGAUGGUCAGUUAGAGGAUGAAUUCGGUCAUCUCGGCAUAGAUUCACUUCGUCGUACUCCAGAUGUAAUAACACCAGGAGCUACAUCGAUAAAACAUGCUGGCAUUCUUAACGACAAACGCCACGUUAUCACAAAAGAUUCGGAUGACUGUAUAGGACUAUAUGAUGUUUUGGCUGGAAGAAAGGUGGCCGAUUUUGGCAAGAGGCCUUUUGAGGAUGUGAUUUCGGAACACAACAGGAAAGUAUUUGUACCGAGCUGGUUUUCAGUUGAUUACAAGAGUGGGAUGCUGCAAAUCACACUUGAGGAAGGAGAUGUGUUUUCGGCUUGGCUCUCCGCAAAGGAUGCGGGAGUGGAUGAUUCCGACAAUAAGAUAAAUUAUGGUGGAAUGAUGCUGCGCUCAUUAUUCGAGCAUUAUCAACAUUGUGACAUGGGAGCAGAAGGAUCUGAAACGGCUCUAGCCACAGCUGGUUAUAUCUCCAUACCUGGGCAUACUCCCAUUAUUCUCUCAGAGGUCAACGGUAGAACUGUACUUCGGCUAUUAGUACGAGACGCUGCUAAUGAAGCGGAGUCAGCCUGUUUGGCUAAAGAUCUCCCGGAAUGGAUAACAGCGGUUGUAGAGCGAAGUAUGUUGCCUAAAUUUACCAAGAUGCCAUUUUAUCUCCUCCCUCAUGCUAGUCUCAAUGUCAAGACGCCGAAAAAAGACCGUUUAUCAGCCACGGAAAUGCUGCAAGUACGGAAAGUGAUGGAACAUGUGUACGAAAAGAUUCUGAACAGUCCGGAAACAGCUAUGGGCGAGACACCGAUGCCAGUGCAAAUCCCAACCAAUAUAGAGCAAAAAAUGGAACUGUACUGCAAUGAUCAGAAACUAGAUCCUGACAUGGAUUUGCGAUCGGUCAAACAUUUUGUUUGGAAGCAAGGCGGUGAUCUACUUUUUUUGAAAGGGAUACAAUUUGAGUGCAGCAGUUCAGUCUCGUCUUCAAACGAGUUGGAAACAGCACCACAACGAACGGAAGAACAAGGUUCGAUGUGGACCAGUGACAAGUUUUUGGAACUAAGAAAGGAGUUCUUGGCAGAUCGUACAGAGUUUAAAGCACUUGAGAUAUUGAAGCGUAUGGUAGCAAUCGAUGUGAACCAAGUCGAUGAGAAUGCAUGGCUAGAUUGCAAAGAUGUAUUAACAAUGCUUUUGAACGCAAUACCGGUGACCACUCUUUUGGAAACACAGCAAAUUAUGCUUCUAACUGCACUAGAAACUUGUCCACCACAUGUUGUAACAGCCUUAGCCUCUCACUUCAUAACUAAUGAACAACAAGUUGCGCCAUUGUUGGAUGGCGUCGCGCAGGCUGUCGCUGUGGCUUUUGCAAGAAGAAUCAAUCAUCCUGACACAUAUGAGCAGCUGGCACAACUACUCGCACCUGUCGCCAGCAAUCCGCAAUUGCUUCAAGAACUCGAGCAUCAGCUGACCACUACCAAAAGUUCUGAACACCGGUUCAAGGUUUACCAGGUUGUUCUGUGCGCUAUCCAGCGUAAAUUAUACACACCAAAAAUGGCCCCAUUGCUGCAACGAUUAGUGGAUGAGCUGUCCUCGGACGACGUCUUGGUAAGAUUGGCAGCAAUGGAUGCAUUGUCAGAUGCAGCCAUUGCAUCACCUGAGAGUGCAGCAGUUAUCAACGAAUCAGGAGCACCACAGAAGAUAUAUGACCUGCUGCAACACAGUAGAGAUUCUCCAGAUGGUGGAUUCAUUUACCCGUCUUGUGUGAAAUUUUUUGGAACAUUGAGCCGGGUAUAUCCUGAGGUAAUCAACAACUUCCCGAUGUUCGUACCAGCCGUCUUCGACAUGGUCAGACAUUUCGAUCAAGUUGAAGCAUCACAGAGGGCGCUUGCUUUUGACACAUUUGCGCAGAUUGCCUACAAACCCGAAGCCAAGCAAAAUCUGCAGAACUUGCUAGGUGAGCAAGGUAUCACUCGUACGAUGCAAGCGUUUUCUGCCGCUGUAUCAAGUGGCCCAAUAGAGCUCCGUGUGCGGCAUGUUGAUGCUCUGGCAGUCUUAUUCGAAAAAGGAGAAGAUCAGCUUCUGUCUCAGUGGUUCGGUUACAUGGGUUCCCCAAUGCCCACACUGUUGAUGAGCCUUGUGCAAAAGCCAUUCCCAGACCUGAGGAUGGCAUCAUUGCGCACAUUCUCCUCCCUGCUUUCACAUCCAUUUGGCAUACAAGUCUUUUUUGGAACAUCUGGUUUUCUUGAUUGGUUACUAAAUCCAAACACGGAACACGAAUGGGAAGCCAGCCGUCUGAAGGCGGAUAUUAUACGAGCUCUGAUAGCAAGCAAUUCGCCGCUAAUUGAUGCCCCGUUAAAACUGAGAAUGCAAGCCUAUUUUGUGGCCCCAAAGAAAGAUCCUCAACUUGAAAUGAUGCUGUAGAUUAUUGGUGGUACAUAGAUAGUAUCAAUCCUCCUGCAAAAGUAAUCUCCAUAAUCCGUUUGUAAUAUAAAAUGUAUUGAGAGAUUAAAUAAAUAGGCGUUAAUUUUACCUCAGUUGAAUUAAGAGAACUAUCGGAUGAAAACUGUGUUCGGGUUAUAUCAAUGUUAAUAAUAAAUGUAU